GGCAGCCGGCCACCGGGGCCAUGGCCAGCACCGCCGUGCAGCUGCUGGGCUUCCUGCUCAGCUUCCUGGGCCUGGUGGGCACGCUGAUCACCACCAUCCUGCCGCACUGGCGCCGCACGGCGCACGUGGGCACCAACAUCCUGACGGCCGUGUCCUACCUGAAGGGGCUGUGGAUGGAGUGCGUGUGGCACAGCACGGGCAUCUACCAGUGCCAGAUCUACCGCUCGCUGCUGGCGCUGCCCCGCGACCUGCAGGCGGCGCGCGCGCUCAUGGUCAUCUCCUGCCUGCUCUCGGGCGUGGCCUGCGCCUGCGCCGUGGUGGGCAUGAAGUGCACGCGCUGCGCCAAGGGCACGCCCGCCAAGACCACGUUCGCCGUGCUGGGCGGCGCGCUCUUCAUCCUGGCCGGCCUGCUCUGUCUGGUGGCGGUGUCCUGGACCACCAACGACGUGGUGCAGAACUUCUACAACCCGCUGCUGCCCAGCGGCAUGAAGUUCGAGAUCGGGCAGGCCCUGUACCUCGGCUUCAUCUCCUCGUCCCUGUCGCUCAUCGGCGGCACGCUGCUCUGCCUGUCCUGCCAGGACGAGGGGCCCUCCAGGCCCUACCAGGCCCAGCCCAGGGCCGCGACGGCCACCGCGCCCGCCUACCGGCCCCCCGCCGCCUUCAAAGACAACCGGGCCCCCUCGGCCACCUCGGCCUCGCUCAGCGGGUACAGACUGAACGACUAUGUGUGAGUCCCCGGGGCCCGUCCCUCCCCGAGUCCACAGCGGCACCAGGACCCAGACUGGCUCCAAUGCAGGGUCCCGGCACAGAGUUUACUUCCGGGCUACUUUUUUGUCCAGAGGAAUUAAUAUGAGUAUGAGGGAGUGGGCUGAGAACACAGGGAGGGAAGGGAAAAUAGGAGAGGGGAGAAAAGCUCUGUAUACCAAAGACUUAAAAAAAAAAAUCCUUUCUGUUUUUGUAUUUAUUAUAUGUAUUUAUGUGGGUGAUUUAAUUAACAGCUGAAUGAAAAGCGACUUGGGAGUUUGGUCAGUGGGGUUUGUUUGCGAUACAGGAAUAAACCUCUUGGAUGUGGUUGUUAAUGAAAUGGA